ACAUCAAUAUAUAAACGUAUCGAGGGUGUAUGGAGGGUUUAUAUUUUUAAGUAUAUACGUGGGAACCUUAAAGAUGGCCGCAAAAGCUUUAACUCUUCUUUUAUUAUGUCUAGUUACUGUGUGCAAUUGCAUGGAGGUCACCUAUGACUCUCGCUCCUUUAUGAUUGAUGGUGAAAGAAAAUUACUUAUCUCUGGCUCAAUACACUACCCUAGAAGCACACCCGAGAUGUGGCCGGAUUUGAUCAAAAAAGCUAAGGCGGGAGGUCUGAAUAUGAUAGAAACGUACGUUUUUUGGAAUGCUCAUGAACCUGAACAACGGAAAUAUGAUUUUACCGGAAAUUUGGAUCUCAUGAGGUUUCUCAAAACCGUACGUGACGAAGGAAUGUACAUUAUGCUUAGAAUCGGACCAUAUGUCUGCGCAGAAUGGACUUUCGGAGGAUUUCCUGUUUGGUUGCAUAAUUUGGAUGGAGUGAAGUUCAGGACAGCCAAUGAUGUGUUCAUGAAUGAGAUGCAAAAUUUCACGACUUUGAUUGUCGAUAUGGCUAAAAAGGAAAAACUUUUUGCUCGACAAGGUGGCCCCAUUCUUAUCACACAGAUAGAGAAUGAAUUUGGUAAUGUUGAACAUCCCUACGGAGAAGCUGGAAAAGUUUACAUGAAUUGGGCUGCCAAUAUGGCCGUGUCUUUGGAUACCGGAAGCCCAUGGAUUAUGUGUCAACAAAAAGACGCCCCACCCAUAGUUAUAAACACAUGCAAUGGAUGGUAUUGUGAUGAUUUCACCCCAAACAAUGCUAGCAGUCCAAAGAUAUGGACCGAAAAUUGGGCUGGAUGGUUUAUGAGUUGGGGAAGUGUACGUCCCAAACGAGCUGCCGAGGAUGUUGCAUUUGCAGUUGCGCGAUUUUAUCAAACGGGUGGAUCGUUACAGAACUAUUAUAUGUAUCAUGGGGGAACUAACUUCGGAAGAACUGCUGGGGGACCUUAUAUCACCACAUCCUAUGACUAUGAUGCUCCUCUUGAUGAAUAUGGCAAUUUGAAUGAACCCAAAUAUAGUCAUACAAAACAACUGCACAACUUAUUGAUGUCAAUGGAGAAGCCACUCACAGAGGGCAAAGUUACCCACAUUGAUUUUGGUAACGGUGCUGAGGGGACAGUUUUUGUUGAUGGUCAGACCACAAGUUGCUUCUUUAGCAACAAGAAUACUUCAUCUGAUGCCUUGAUUAAGUACCAGGAUAUGAAUAUCACUGUCCCAGCUUGGUCUGUCAGUAUUUUACCAGAUUGUCAGACAGAAGCUUAUAACACUGCCAAGGUGAAUACUCAAACAUCUGUAAUGGUUAAGAGAGAAAAUGGAGCUGAGAAUCAGCCAAGUGCUCUAAAAUGGUCUUGGAGACCCGAAAAUCUUGAUGUUGCCGUUAUUCAAGGAAAGGGGUCGAUCCAUGCUAGUGAAAUCCUUGACCAGAAGGUUCUUAAUGACAUGAGUGACUAUCUGUGGUAUAUGACAAGUGUGGACAUUGAUGAGAAAGAUCCCGUCUGGGGCACCAAUAUGAGCAUUAGAAUCAACGGUACUGGACACGUACUCCACGCAUAUGUCAACGGAGAAUAUGUUGGUUCAAAAUGGGCUAAAUAUGAUGUUCAUAACUACGAUUUUGAGACCCCAGUGAAGUUUAAGCCAGGAAGGAAUCAGAUUAGUUUGCUUAGCGCUCUCGUGGGGUUGAAGAAUUAUGGGGCAUUUUUCGAUGACUACAGAGCUGGAGUAUGUGGUUUUGUUGAUAUCGUUGGAAGGAAUGGUGAUGAAAUAGUCACCAAGGAUUUGGCAGGCCAUCAGUGGGUUUACAAAAACAGUCUGCAUGGUCUGGAUAACCAACUCUACAGCCAGACGUCUAAGUUUUCUGCUAAAUGGCAACUGGGAUAUCUCCCUGUAAACAGAUCAAUGACUUGGUAUAAGACUACUUUCAAAGCUCCACUGGGAAAGGAUCCCGUUGUUUUGGAUCUGUUGGGUCUGGGUAAAGGUUAUGCGUGGGUGAAUGGCAAUAAUUUAGGGAGGUAUUGGCCAAGUUAUUUAGCACCAGAAGAUGGCUGUGAUGAUGAGUGUGAUUAUCGUGCUAAAUAUGACGCUAGCCAAUGUAACUACGGUUGUGGAGAGCCUACACAGAGAUGGUAUCAUGUGCCUCGUGAUUUCUUGUCGGCUACAGGCGUCAAUGAGUUGGUCCUUUUUGAAGAAUUUGGAGGGAAUCCAUCGCAAGUGAACUUCAAAACAGUUGUAGUGGGAUCUGCUUGUGGUAGUGCUUAUGAGCAUAAAACUAUGGAAUUAUCAUGCCAAGGUCGUUCCAUCACUCAAAUCAAGUUUGCUAGCUUCGGUAAUCCUAUGGGAACUUGUGGUUCGUUUAAGAAGGGCACUUGUGAAGGAAGUAAAGAUGCACUAUCAAUCCUCCAAAAGGCAUGUAUUGGAAAAGAAACAUGUUCCCUCGUGGCCAAUGAGAAUAUAUUCGGACCAACUUCUUGUGCUGAUUCUCCGAAGAAGCUUCUGGUGGAAGCUGUUUGUGCAAUUUAGUUUCUUUGCAGUGUUUGAUUAUGAAGUAUAUCGUAGAUAUGGUUCAGCGUAGGUUCACUAGUUAGCUGUUUAGCUCUUUAGGGGAAGUUUGGAUUUUUUGUAAUCUGCUCUGGAUUUUAUAGGACCUUAAUAUAUUAAUGUUAAUAAUAUUCUGUUGCGAGUAA